GCAUGAGGCACCAGUGGCAUGGCCAGAUCACUACUGCGCAGGCAGGCAGGCCCCAACUGAGCACUGCCACAGAAAAUCUCCCAUCUGCAGGGCAGGGGACGCACGGAGGCCGGCUGUGGACCCUGCCCACCGACACCACAGGGACUCUACUCCAAGAAACAUCAUUAUCUUCAGGUUCCUCGUGAGAAACUGAGGCUCAAAGAGGGAAAGUGACCCAGUGUCUGUGGCAGACCAGGAACUUGGCCCAGCCUUCCUGACUCCCAAGCUCCACAAGGCCUCCAGCACAAGCUCAUGCGGCUUCCCUGCCACUGGCCCGGGGCCUGCAUCUCGGGGCGCCAGGGUGCGUGUCAGACGCAUCCCCACACGCUCGCCGCCAGGCUGAGGCUGCGCUGGGCCGGGGUCACGCCGAGCGGGGCUGUUCUGGGAGUCCCAGGGGAGCGGCAGGGUGAAUUCCCGCCCUGCCCCCUAGAGUUCAGGCCGGACGUGAGCAGCGCGAGGUGCCCCGCUCGGCGGCAGGGGCCGAGCCCAGGACAGGGAGCGGCGACAGGCGGCCGGCGCGGCGCUAGUCUCCCCCGCCUGGGCGGGACAACCACAGAAGAGCGGCGGGAGAGGAAGAUGGCGGCGGCCGCCUCAGAGCAGCAAAGUUCUAAUGGCCCUGUGAAGAAGUCUAUGCGUGAGAAGGCUGUGGAGCGGAGAAACAUUAAUAAAGAACACAACAGUAACUUUAAGGCUGGAUAUAUCCCAAUUGAUGAAGACCGUCUUCAUAAAACAGGCUUACGGGGCAGGAAAGGCAACUUGGCUAUUUGUGUGAUUGUUCUCCUUUUUAUUUUGGCUGUCAUCAAUUUGAUUAUCACACUUGUCAUCUGGGCUGUGAUUCGUAUUGGGCCCAAUGGUUGUGACAGCAUGGAGUUUCAUGAGAGCGGCUUACUGCGAUUUAAACAAGUAUCCGACAUGGGAGUUAUACAUCCAUUAUAUAAAAGUACCGUAGGAGGCAGGCGUAAUGAAGAUUUGGUUAUCACUGGAAAUAACCAGCCUAUUGUAUUUCAGCAAGGAACAACAAAACUUAGUGUUGAAAAGGACAAAACCUCCAUUACCAGUGAUAUUGGUAUGGAAUUUAUUGACCCAAGGACACAGAAUACUUUGUUCAGCACAGACUAUGAGACUCAUGAGUUUCAUUUGCCAAAUGGAGUGAAAAUUUUGAAUGUACAGAAGGCAUCUACGGAGAGGAUUACCAGCAAUGCUACCAGUGACCUAAAUAUAAAGGUUGACGGACGUGCCAUUGUUUGUGGAAAUGAAGGCGUUUUCAUCAUGGGCAAAACCAUUGAGUUUCGCAUGCAUGGUGAUAUGGAACUAAAAGCAGAAAACAGCAUUAUCUUAAAUGGAACUGUGAUGCUCAGCACAUCUCGACUUCCAAGUUCUUAUGGGGAAACGUUUAAUAAUGUUGACUGGCUGCGCUAUAAGCUCUGUAUGUGUUCAGAUGGAACUCUAUUCCGAGUUGAAGUGAAGACCCGCAACAUGGGUUGUCAAACCUCAGUCAACCCUUGUGGAACCACACACUAAAUGCAAAGUACUGGGACAAGAGCAGUCAUGAGGAGAGUUCAUUUACGUUUUUACAUUUGUGUGUAUAAAACAAUUGCAUGCCAAUUAUUUCUGUUUACACAACAGUUUAUUAUAAUAUUUAUUACUAACAUUUUUAGCACAGCAAUAUUAUGUCUGUUGCAUAAUUUCAGUAUUUACCAUAAUAAUGGGUCUGAUUUAGCAAGAUACUUAAGCACAUGCUUCAACAUACACACUUGAUCAAGUCCCUUGCAGAAUUGAGGCCAGUAAGAGAGAUUUACUGGGGGAUUGAUCCUACACGAUGCUGAGCACCUCCUGCAAAGAGUCCUCAACUCCUUGCCUCUGAAGUGCUGUUUUACUUCCUCUCACCUCAGAACUCUGAGAAGUUGCUGGAAUCUGCAUGGAGUGAGGUGUAGAGUUGGGAGGAUGCACAUUGUUCCACCGUGGGCUCUGCAGAGAUUCCUUGGAAAAAGCAAUACAGUUUGCAGCUCUGUUACUUGUUCCACAGAGCCUCUUUUUCGUUGCGCAAAUCAUUCUUUAAGAAGCGGACUUUGGGGUAACUGUGGUAAGAAGGAGGCGCUGGCAGCAUGGCUUCAUUGGAGCCAUGCUUUGUGGCAGUAACAGGAAACCAACCACAAAGGAACAAUUGGGAAGGAUCUUUCCAGUUCGUUAGAGAUAAACCCUACAGGAAGGGGCCAAAAGGCAAUCUAGCUUCUUUUAUAUAGAUGUGUUAUAUGCUGAUUUUCAGCCCACCUUCAACCAGACCUUCAUUUUUGCACCAGUAAUUAUUUAGAGUGCAGUAAAGGUCAGUCAUCUAAAUAACUGCUUUGUAGAGACAAUCUGUACCUGACAUCCAAGUAACCUUUUCUCCAUCUCCAAAUAGCCAUACUUACACUUUGGAUGCAAAACAGAAGCUAGCUUUCAAAACUAUAGCCCUGUAAAUGCAGUGAAAUCUUUAUUCAAAUAGCUUCAGUUUUUAUUUGCAGUUGAUGAAUAUUGACUGUUGGAAUAUUAAUAUGAACUCUUGACAAUUUUCGUUUGAUUAUUUUCAAUUAAUUAGAGAAAAGCAUAUGCUGACUUAUUUGAUCCUGAAGAAGACAUUAAGAAAAAUCUGUGCCCAACAUUUUAGGCAGAAGUGGGACAGUCAGUUAUUGUACUGUAUCUGACUUGAUAGUUAGAAGCUUGUCUUCCACUUUGAAAACCCAUUUUUUAUUUUUUGGAGGGUAGCAAAGCAGCAUGUAUUCAAAUCCAUGAUCAUGUAGUAAAUAUAAAAUUAAUACAGAAAGCUGAACAAUAGCUAUUCACAUAGACAGAAACAAAAGUAACAAAUUCUUAAUAGGAAUCAAAGGAUAAUAGAUUUUCUGGCUUCAGAGCACACCUGUAAUUUGGCUCAGUGAAAAUGGCAGCAGUUGCCCAACUGUUAAGUUACGCAUUUUUUUUUUCUUUAGGAGAAUAAGUUGCUUCUUUGUAAGGAUGUGCCAUACUUUAUUCAACCAGAAGCUUAGAGAAGAAAUUGGGAAUUAAGCUUUUAGGAAGCAAUAGAAAGCCAUUAAGUAACUAUAAAAAAAAAAUUGUGGAUGGAAUCAACUCUGCUACUGGGAAUAGUAGUAUCAAUAGCAGGCCAGUGGAUGUAGAUGUAUUGGAAAAUCCCAUAUCAUACUAGCUUGCAUUUUGACCAUUUCCCAAAACAUUUAUAUGAUAUGCAAUCCUAUCAUAUGUGAAUGAAAGAGCCUACAGCAGAAUCCUAUUUAAUUUCCAAUUGCUUCUGCUGUGCGUUUUGAUGUCUUGUUUUUUAAAAAAAUAAAAAUUCUCUAGAUUCAGAAUUAUCAUGGAAAUACAUUUCCAUACAUCAACAUUAGUUUACAGUUAUUGUUUCAGCAGAAUUAUUCAUUUUUUUCAUGUUUGAAAUAUUUAGUUGGCAAUACUGAAAUUUGGAAUUUAUCAGAAGUAUUUCUUAGACUCCCAGCAUUAUAGUAUCUAAGCACCAGCCUAGUUAUGCUACAUUUUUUAAUUAUAUAUGGUAUUUAUAAUAUAUUUUAUUUCUGUUGCUGAAAUGCAGUGUUUCAAAGGUGUAUUGAUAUUAUCUUUCCUCUACUAUAUUAGGGGAACACACUUUUUUCUUGGGUACCUUAAUAAAAAAUAUUCUAUGGUAUUCUACAGAUGACGAUUCAAAACACUGUAAUAACACUAUUGUAGGCCAUAGUGAUUGAGACCAUUACUUUUAUAAAUUAAAAAAAAAAAAGUGUAGCUAUUUACAAUGACUAGAAAUAUAAUAAAUUUGUGACUAAAUAAACUGGUAUUUAAAUUUGAAAUUGAGCAGAUGUUCUGUAGUUAUAAAUGUGACAGUAAUCUAGGUCCCAAUUCUGCAUUGUAUGGAAGCAUCUGACUAAAUUUUACAUAAUGAGAAUUAAUACAUGCUUAAAAAUUAAUGCAAGUUCUUACAUAUCGUGAUGAAUUGGGGUCUUAAUGAAACCUUUGCACUUUGAGAAUAAUGGCAGCUUUUAUUAAAACCCUCUUAACUGUCUUUGGAGAGAGAAUCAUGUAUUCCAAGGUAAAAAAUAAACUUGCUAAUUAUAAGGCUUUUAUACUUGUUAUCUUAGAGACUAACAAAUUUAUUUGGGCAUAAGCUUUUGUGGGAUAUAACCCACUUCAUCAGAUGCAUGGAGUGGAAAAUACAGUAAGCAGGUAUAAAUAUACAGCACAAGAAAAGAUGGGAGUAGCCUUACCAAGUGGGGGAUCAGUGCUAAUGAGGCCAAUUCAAUUAGGGUAGAAGUGGCCCAUUCCCAACAGUGGACAAGAAGGGGUGAAUAGCAACAGAGGGAAACCUCUCCAGCGCAUCAUCAAGGAUCUACAACCUAUCCUGAAGGACAAUCCCUCACUCUCACAGACCUUGGGAGACAGGCCAGUCCUCGCUUACAGACAGCUCCCACAAAAGCUUAUGCCCAAAUAAAUUUGUUAGUCUCUAAGGUGCCACAAGGACUCCUUGUUGUUUUUACUGAUACAGACUAACACAGCUACCCCUCUGAUGCUCGUUACCAUUAGUUAAAAAUAGUGUUGCUUUCUGUUAGCCACUAGUGGUCUUAAUAAUGAAGGCCAUGUAAGUGAUUUCCUGUGAAUGGUUAUUAACAGGCAGUACUAGUACUAGAAAUUUCUAGUACUAAUGGGUAUACAAAUGUUACAUAUUAACUUCCCCACUGAAUGUGGUACUUAUGAAUAGAUAAGUAAGAUCUAAUCUAGUUUUAUUGGCUGACAGUAUGCAAAGGUGUGGUAGGCACAUCACAAAAGACAGUCACAGUCCUAGGCUGGGCCCUGGUGAUGUCAGUGGGACUCUGCACGAAUGCGGGAGUGUACACAUAUGGAGCUGAUUGCAGGAUUGGGGCCUUAGUUUAGACAUGAUGCAACAACUGAGUGUGUCAAACAGGAGGGAGGAGGUGGUAUUAGGAUGAAUGAUGGCAACAGCAAAAUGAUUUUUACUCAAGUGGUUUAGUUUUAAAAAAACAACAGUGAAAGUAAUUGUCUUGCUCACUUUAGACAUGGAAUAAAUGUUGAUCAUAUUUUGCACAUACGCAGCACAUUUCAUUCAUGGAGCUUAAAUUGCUUUACAGAAGUGGAUAUUUGUUAUCCCUAUUAAUAUUCUUUAAAAUAUAAAUUUACCUGAAACAUACAAAUUCCUUAGCUAUUUUAAUUAUUGGUAUAUAGAACUUGUGUUAUAGCUCAACAUGGCAAAGAAACAAAAUGAAAAGCUUUUAGUAUUUUCACCCCUUAUUACUAAUGGCAGAUUGAUACUUUGUGGGCUUCAAUUUAUAGAAGUUUCAUUUUAAAAAGUUUUCAGCAGCAUUUUCUGUCAAAGGUAUAAUAAAAUCUGUAUGGGCACAUUGUCAUUAUAUGGUUAAUAUUGAUAACUUUGACUAAUUAUGUGCAUGACCACAUGACUGCAUACAGUAUCUGGAUUUAGAGUUCUUCUCACUGAGGUACUAAAUGCAAACUGUUUGAAAGAACUUAUCUCAAAAACCUGUAAUAGUGUUAAAUUAUGUCUUUGGAUUUGUUUAAAAUAUCCAUUUGUAAUUUAAAGUUAGCAAAAAUAAUCCUUAUUCAUUUAAGGAUUGAUAUGUAUGGUGCUUGCUAAUUAUUUGUAAAUUUUCUUAAUAUAUUUGGUUGCCUUCCAUAAACUUUACACAGUUUGAAAAAAUAUGGAUGCAAUAUACACCCUGUGUUGCGCAUUUAAUUGCAAUUUAACUUGUAACUGCAUCCCUUUAUAUUUUCUGGAUGUUUUUUGUUUAAGUCGAAGAUUUCUUGUGUGCUCCUGUAUUUAUUUAACUACUAGAUACAUUUGAGAUUCUAGGAAUAUUGAAGUACAGACUACAUGCCUCUGUGUAAAAUAGGGUUAUGUACUUCCAAAACCUGUUGUUCUUGAAGAAAGUUAUUCUCAGCAUUUGUAAUGAUUGUUGUUUCAAUAUGUAAAACAGAAUGUUGAGUUUUUAAUCCAUAUGUUUUUGAAGUGAAAUAAAUAAAUUCUAAAAAUCUA